UUUUUAAAAAAUAGAAUUGCCAAAACCUAACCACCCGUUUUUUAUUUCUUUCCAAAAAGACAAUUCAAUUGAUCGUAUACGGGGUUAGUCACAGUACUCUGUUCUGUUGGCAAAAUUGACGUAAGCAGCAGUUUAGGAAAACGUGGGGAUAACAGCGAUUGGGCUUGGAUUUAUUCACUUCUUCCUUCUACUUCUUUUGAGACGUCUGUUUUACACAUUUUUGUUUGGCGAUACACGUUCACAUCGCUCUCGGCAUACGCCUUUAAAUGAGGUAAUGUCAAUCGCACCGUCACGCGGCCAUCGAGAGCGUGCCCAUGUGUUUUGCUGUGCAUGAUAGUGCCGCCUUGUUGUUCUCGCGGUUCUUCUUCCGCAGCCUCAGUCCGAGCUGCUCUCGAGAAUCCUUCCCCCCCCUCCAGAGCUGGAGCGCCGCGCGCACACAGUUCCGGAGCAAGCGGCGUUGAAGGGCAGUGACGGUGCAAAGCGCGGGCCCGCGUGAAGAGGUCCUGAGGCUCCUCUGUUGCUCUACCGUCUGCACAGCGCAGCAUUUUUCGAACCGCUGCUGAAAAUGGCAACGCAAUCCGCUCAGAUCUCCUCAUCGCAAGGGUUCGCCGACGGCUCCGCGGAACGGAUCCCGGCCAAAGAGCCCAAGUUCUCCGAUUCCUUUCUUUCUUCUUCGCCUGUAUCUCUCAUUCAGUCUUCUCAAGCUGACAACAGGGUACAACAGGGACCUUGUAUGACGUCAGAUGGUGUGGACACUUCUCUUCAUUUUUCCCCUCAAUCCAACAUGUUUACUUCAGCUACUCGUGGCAGUCAAGCACCAGGAGUUGUUGGUGAACACCAUUUUAUGAAGGACAAGGAGAACAAUCUAGCUGCAUGUGGAAUAGAUUUGCCCUUGAGUGGCUGUUCCAGUCCAAUUCCUUCUGUUCUGAAAUCCUCUGGGCCUGUAAAGUCAUCCGUUGCUCCCCCCAGUAAAGACACUUCCCCCAUUAAAAUCUCUCCUGUGUCAGAAAGAAUCAAAGCACUGGAGGCCCUUGUGGCAAAACAGAAUGAUCCUGAUGCUUGGAAUGAUGGAGGUUUGCUUCAUUUUAAAGAACGUCAUUUUGAAAAGUCUCCCACAGAGUCUUCUCGCUUUCAGAAGAAAGAAGUGUUCCCUGACCAAGACUCUCCUGAAUCGCCAUUUGAGGUUUUGGGGGACACUCGCCGGGGCAGUGACUUUGAAGACACAGCAGAUUGGAUGCAGGCUCAUCUUCCCCCAGCACCCAACUUUGAAACUGUUCCAGAGCUCAGUAGCAGUGGGCCUUCAGAUUUUGUGGCAUCUGAGGUUGAUUUUGAGGAGACCCAAGCAGCAACUGCAUUAGUGGCAAGUGUUCCUGAUGCAUUCAUGGAUGUUCCUGCUGAUCCAUCUCUUCAGAAAGAUCACAUCAGUGAAUCUGCAAAACGGCCAAGUACAGAAGAGGAUUCAGAAUUUGAUUUGAGCUUUUUGCCCACUGCCUACAUAUGGGAUAAACAAGAGAAAACUGAUCCUGAAACACAGGUACCCACUAAUGUCCCAAUGCUUCAUGACUCAAAGCCUUCUCCCUCCCCUCCCCCACCUGCUGGUUUUGGAUCCCCAACACCCCCUCCAUCUCCUCCAUCCCUGGACCUUGAGACCUCAGAGUUAAAACCUACUCCCCAGAGCUCUGAUUCAGAGCCUGCAGAGAUAAUAGAUAUGGAAAGCUCGGGAGAGUCUGAUGAUACUGUGAUCGAGGAUGCUGUGCCUGUCUUGGCUACUGUACUAAGUCUUAGCAGUCCUGUGGCUGUUUCAGAAGGCAUUGUCUCGGUUACACCCUCCGUACCUGAUGAGGUAAAGAAUAUGCAGUCAACUAAUCAAGAGAAACAGUCAGUUCUUGUUCCCAUUAUCAAUGUAAUUGAGACAGAUGAGCAGCCCUUUAGUGAUGAAGAGGAAGACAGUUUUGAGGUUGUCAAAGACCCUGUAAAAGAACAGUCAAGCUCUCCAGAGCCAAAGUCUGAAGUAGAACUGAAAUUGAACAAAAACUCCGUAACAGAAUGUUCCAUUGAAAAAGCAUCUCCACAUGAGCAGUGCCCACUGUUGCCACCUCAUUCAGACCCUAUAACUUCAGACUAUCAGGAGCAGUCACCAACAAGCCAGAGUGAUUCUGAAUUUGGAACUGCACUGUAUGAUCAAAAGAAGACAUCUAAAUCUCAAGCACAAAAUGAACCUUCUACUACUUCUGCUGAAUUGCAAUCCAGGGAAUUUACUGAGGAUUCUUUGCCUUUAGAGAACAUUGACAGUUUUGAUGUCCUGCAUGGUCAGUGUUUAACUGAAAAUACAGAGGAUCUAAAUGAACUUCGUUACAAGUCAUCCUUUGAUACAGAAUCUACAGAAAUAAUUACAGAAAAAUAUGACCUGAUAGAUCAAGGGCAGGACAUUUCAAAGCAAACCUCGUGCAGUUGUGAUUCUGAUAUCUGUUCAUGUAAUGACGCUGUAGAAAACCCUAGUAUUAGCUUGGCCUCCCCUCUGACAGGCAAACCUGAACCAGACUCUCUUCAGGUGGAUCUUCUAUUUAAGGACAGCCAACUUCAGAAGAAUCCAAAUAACACUGAGUAUAUUCCACAUUGUGCCAAAGAGAUUAAUAGUGAAAGCCCUCUUGCAAAUAUAACAGGUAUGCUUGUAGACAUGGAGUUGGGCUUAGAUUAUGAAAUUAAGUCCUCCUCUGAGAUGAACAUACAGACCCAAGAUGAAUUAUUUCCACCAGUAGAAGUAUUAGAAUCUAGAAAUGUCUCCGAAGUGAUUUCUGAAGAUUCCCUUUCAGCGUCUGUUGGAGGUCAGCCCUGCCCUCAGGACAUUCCCCAAGAUCUGUUUUCAGGCUUCUCAAAAAAGUCAUCAGACACUCCGCUGCAACUACAGGAGCUUGAACCAGAUAAUGGUUAUUCUGAGGAACAAGAUGAUUCCACUGAAUUUGAGAAACUGCGUGAGGAACCAACAAGCCUGUAUGGAGGUGAUAUCUUAUCACCUCUAGAGUCUGGUUUAGUGUUCUCAGCAGAUGUGAACCAGCAGAAGUCUGAAGCCGAAGAACACCCUCCAGAAACAAGUGACCCUGAGAGUGUUGAACCAGAAUGCUCUGUCUCUGCUACCACUGACAGCUUUGUUGAGUUUAUGAGAGAGUGCCUGAAGUCACAGCAGGGUGAAGAUCCCAUAGACAUCUGUACUCAUUACACAUCAAGGAUGGAGAUUCCAAAAACUGGUGCCCCAUCUUCUCAGUCUUCACCCACUAUGGUUCUGGAUCUUGAGCAAGAGUGCCUCACUAUUCGUGCUCUUAAAGAGCUGGGGAGUAGCCAAGAGGAUGAGGACCUUCCAGCCAGACAUGGCCUCACAAGUAAUAAUAGGCCAAGAGGAAAGUAUCCUCUACCUGCUUCUGAACUCCAAACUACUGUUACCCGAACACCUUCUCCUGUGUCACCCCUUUGCACACCUCCUCUUGAUGCUUCUGCAGUAGAAGAGGUAGUGGGAAUCGACGCAUGGGUUGCAGAUGCAUACUAUCUUGCAGAGCAUGUCUUGGCAGCGGUACUAACCCACCUGUCAGCGAAGGAUCUGGUGUACUGGCGAGACCCCAAGAAGUCAGGUGUGGUGUUUGGAGUCUCACUUCUGCUGCUCCUCUCCCUGGCCGCCUUCAGCGUGAUCAGCGUUGUGUCAUACCUGCUUCUUGCCCUGCUCUGUGUCACAAUUAGCUUCCGCAUCUACAAGUCCAUCAUCCAGGCAGUACAGAAGUCCAGUGAGGGACACCCCUUCAGAUCCUUCAUGGACAAGGAUGUUAGUGUGCCCCCUGAGACCUUCCGGAAGCAUGUUGACGUGUGCUUGUCCUACAUCAACCGAGCCCUCAAACUCAUGAGCCGCCUCUUCUUAGUGGAGGACUUGGUGGAUUCCCUCAAGCUGGCAGUUGCAAUGUGGCUACUGACCUAUGUGGGUGCAGUCUUCAAUGGCAUUACCGUCUUGAUCCUAGCGGACAUUCUUAUCUUCACUUUGCCCUUGGUGUAUGAAAAGAACAAGACUCAGAUUGACAAUUAUGUUGGCAUUGUACGCACACAGUUCAACAGCAUGGUUUCCAAGAUACAAGAGAAGCUCCCAGGUGUGAAACGCAAAGCUGAAUGAUCAUGUCAGCCACCUCCUUUAUCCUGUGACCACCUACCCAGCCUUUGCUCCCUUUUUGUCCACUUGUCAGUUUUUCCUGUAAUGCUCCCAACUACCUGAACCAAUCCCACUGUCUGCACUGAACCAGCUACUAAGAAGUUUAACUUAAUUCUAGUCUGUAUUCAUUGUAACAGCACCAUUUACGAGCGUUAGGAUUGAAUGGCACCCUCUGGUGCUGGAGCUGCGCCACUCUGCACGUCAUUCCUUGGGCUCAAAAUACCCAACCGACACUGGAUGCCCGUGGCUGGCACUCAAAUGAGGCAGGCGUAGUUAACUAGACUGAAUCCGUGUCCUGGUUUUGUAGUGGCUGCAAGGGCAGGGGGAGGAACUUGAGAAGUGGUGACUGAUGGUCUUUGAAAAGCAAAUGUCUGUACUUUUUAACACACUUAGCAUAAAGUAUAUAGUAGUUGAAAUUUAAAUUGUCAUGUCUAGAUGUAUUUAAGCGUAGUUUUAUUUGCUGUCCAUGAAAGCUGUGUGAGGUUAGUCACUGAGAAGGCUGUUUUGGGAUACAGUAAGCACAAGUGAUUUUACUGUUUUAAGUCAUUUUGAAUGUGUUUUGGGGUUUGUAAUAUUGAUUAGCCCUUUGGGUAGGUUUUUUUUUUAUUAUUUUUUUUUUUUAUUUUAUUUUAAAAACCUUAUCUUACCUUAAGCUCCUGUGUUUGUUACCUGCAGUGUAUUGAACAUUUAAGAAAUCACAACUGCAAAUGAAAACAAAAGAAAAACUAAGCAGCAGUGAGUAUUUGGUCUCAUUCACUGUUUCAAUUUUUUAAGUUAUGUUCGGAGGAGUAUAAUAUGCUUUCUGCUGUAAAGAAUAUGAAGAUUUUGCUUCACACGUUUCCUUCUAAGCUAUUGCAUUUUUCUUCAUGCUUGUUUCAUUUAACUUCGCAGAUUCUCUUGUAUUGUUAUUGUUAAUUAUUAAUGUUAACAGUAGUGGAAACAUAGUAGGAAUGUAGUGGUGAUAAGUAGUAUUGACUGCUUUUUGCUCUUCAGCUAUGGUCAUUAAGUAAACAAUUGCUUGUGAAAAUGAAGAGUUGACUUAUGAGACCCUGAGUUGCCACUGGCAAGGAGAACAGUGAGUGACACCAGUUCCCCUUGAGACUGGCAGGUGUUUUAAAAAAAAAAAAAAAAAAAACAGCCAUUGAUUCUUGGUUUUGUCCACCGACGGAAUAAGGACUGUUAACAAUAAAAGGGUAUUUUGUCUGGGUG